AUGUUCCGCGGUCGGCCUCCGCCGCGGGGCUCUCACCGGUUUCCUUUCCAGCCUCGCGGCUCGAGGCCUUACCAACAUCCUCACUCUUCGGCGGGCCAAAGAGACGAGCGAAACCGCGGCGACAGAUCCCCGUACUACUCGGGUUAUCACCCCCGCGGACACCCCGAUUACCGACGCUCUCCCCCGCAUAGAGGCUACUACCGGGGCGGCCAACACCGCGGCGGCGGUCCGCCGAGAGAGAGGUCGCAGUCGCCUCCUCGCCACCGUCUUCCCAUCGACCACAAACUCGUCAUCACGGUGGGCAACGAGCUGACGAGCACCGCGCCGCCGCGUCAGCACGACAGAGACCGAAGUCCGGACCGGAGUCGAGGGCGCAGCAAGAGCCGGGCGAGGAGCAAGAGCCGCCACCGCAGCCGGGGUCGCAGUAAAUCCAGGUCCAGGUCGAGAUCCAGAUCCAGAGGGCGCAGUCGAGGGCGGUCGUCCAACAGGGCGCCCAGCCGGGGCCGCAGUCGCAGUAGAAGGCCCAGCAGCAGCAGCAGUAGUAGUAGCAGCAGCAGCAGCUCGAGCCGCGGAUCUUACGGCAAACUGGAAGAGGUUCGGCGGAGGAAGGAACUGGAAGACAUGUUGUGCCUGCCCACCAAGUCCAUCCUCAAGAAACCUCCCGAAUAUGAGCACACGGUGAGUAUGACUUCCCAAGAAAGGCCACUCAGUCCGGACUCGGGCAUGUCCAACGUGACGGAGGAUCUGCUGCGGGCCGUGAAAGAGAUGGAGCCGGCGGCCGUGGCGUCUGUCUUGAGCGCGCUGCGCUCCGACCCGCAGAUGUCCCAGCGAGCGGACCUCGACGCUGAAAUCAAAGAAAUCCUCGACCUGCUGGAGCGGGGUCAGAAGGCCAAGAGUCUGGCGAAUGACAUUGACGAUGAGGAGAAGUUCCUGUACGGGGACCCGGAAGAACCCUAUGCCUGUGCCCAGCCGGCCCCGAACAACACCUUCGAUCCCUACACCGAAGUGACGGAGGAGCUCCUGUAUGGCGAUCUGGUCACCGGCCCCACGGCGACUUCGGCCCCUGAAGCCAGAGCUCCUGCCGACUGGACCCCUUCCGUCCCCGUCUCGGCGGCUAGCGAAGCCCCGCCAGAGGAGGCCGGCGAACAGCAGUCGCUGGACGACUACCAUAAGCUCCAGAACCUUUUGAAGACCAUCGGCUUGGACCUGGGCGUGACCGAGAUCAACAAACUGGCCGCCAGGACCAAAGAACGCCUGCACGGGAACAAGCCCCCCAAGACGCCCAAGCGGCGCCAGCGCUACUCGUCGGAAAGCUCGGACGACGAGCGCGGGAGGCGGAGCCGAAGCGGCAGCAGCUCCGAGGACGAGAAACGUGUCGGGAAACGUGGCGACGAACGCAGCUGGAGCAAAGACAGCGGGCGCGGGAACGGAGCGCUACAUGCCGAGGCGCCGCAACAGACGCCAGUGCCGGAUGUCCCCCCGCCGGCCGCUGUCCCCCCGCCGGCCGCUGUUCCCCCGCCAGCGGCGGUCCCCACGCACAUCCCACCCUCCUACCCCCCUCCGCACGUGCAAGGCAUCAUGGCACCACCUUACCCUCCGCCCGGAUUCGGUCAGUACGGGAACUACAUGCCGUACCCGCCCCCACAAUGGCCGCCUAUGUACCCGCCUCCCAGCAUGACCGUGCCCCCGCCCGCUCCAACGUACGACCAACCUGGAAACCAGACGCUGCCUGAGCCUCAGCGCGCCGCGCGGUCUUUGGGGCGCAACGAGGAAGAACGCAGAUCUCAAGUGUCAAGUCGGGUUUCGGAGCAGGAGAACAACGAGAGCCAGAAGCGGAAGGUCCUGGAGGAGCGCGAGAACCUGAAGCAGGAACGAGAGCAACGCAUGAAGAAGAAGGAGUACCUCAUCAAGGAACUGGAGCGGCUCCGGAAGCAGCAAGGCGAGCUGCUCAGGAAGAAACGGCGUGAGAAGGACGGUCACAAAGACCCCCUCCUGCAGGAGAUCAGCCGGCUGCAGGAGGACGUGAUGAGCCAGAUCUCGGCCCUGCGCAGGGAGCACGAGGCGGCUGAGGAGAAACGCAAUGAGAUCGAGGCGGUGGCGCUCAUCCUAGGUCUGGAACCCUCGGACCGCCACCGUGCCCCCAAUCAGCAAGAAAAAAACACCAACGCUAAGCCGAGCAAAGUCAAGUCCCGCCCCGAGCGUAGUCCCGAGCGCCAACAGGACCGCGGCGCCAGCAUUGCGCCAAAGGUACAAACCAGCUACGCGGCUUCAUAUGAAGUGGCCGCGCCUCCCGCCGUUCCCCUGACUCCGCCUCCCGAGCCAUUCGAAUACUACGACGCGGGAAACCAUUGGUGCCGGGACUGUAACGUCACCUCGGGGUCCAUGUUUGAUUUUUUUACUCACUUGCACAGCAAAAGCCACAGGAAGACUCUGGACCCUUACGAUCGUCCGUGGGCCUCGUCGACCAAAACGGUGAAGAUGGAGGAGAAGCAAACAAAACCGGCCAAAGGUUCCGAGUUCCUACUUCCCGUGCGAGGAUUUUUCUGUCAGCUGUGCGAAAAGUUCUUCGGAGACGCCAUCUGCGCGGAACAGCAUGUCACCACCCACGCUCACAACGAGAGCUACAAGAAAAAAAUGUACAAGGAUCCGCUUUACGAGCAGAGGAGAAACCUGGACCGCCAAGCCGGGCUGUCCUCCACCUCGUCCGGGAAAAAACGUAAACACGAGGAAGACAAGUCUGAGAAAAGCAAAACCAAAAAGGAGAGAAAAGAAGAAAAGGAGUUGGAGGACACUUCGUCCAAAUCCGUCAAGGAGGAAGACCGACCAUUGAAAACCUUGAAGAAAGAGGAGGAGCCGAAGACUAAAACCCAACCUUUUCACGCCAGGGAUGUUGAGGACAGGUCAAAACCAAAGAAGAAGAGCGACAAGUACCACUGGUUCGCAGAAGAAGAAGAGCGUCACAAUCCCAGGAGAGACGAAGACGAGCGAUACAAACACGGUCAAGAAGGACGGAAUUAUCGACAUCACCGACAGGCAGAGGACCAGGAGCAUCACGAGCGCCGUUCCCGACACAAAUCGGACAAAUACGAGCACGAACGGGAAGACUCGCAGGACAAGGACAGGCUGGGGGGAGUGAGGCAACUGCAGGGUGUGGCCAAGCCCUACGACCCACCAAAAAUCAUCUGCGGUCCUAGUCCCGCCAUGCGAGCCAAGCUCCUCAAACAGAGCCCAGACGCCGCCAAGCAAACACCGACUUUUGGGAAGUUCACCUGGAAGAAACGGGAAACUAAGCUAGCUAAAGAAGCUCAGAAAGCCGCAGCCGAGUUCAUCAAGGACGAAGAAACAGUCACCGAAGAAACCUAUGAGGACUCGUUCGCCAAGUCCAUGGCGUUCGCUAAAGAGAUUGCGCUGAAGCUAGCAGCUGGCUGCAAACAAGCCAAGCCGCAGACCAACUUUGCGGUCCCUGCUGCUGUAGCGAAGCAACCUCAGGUGGUCAGGAAAACCGGACACCUGAACUCUGGUCCGCUUCAGGACUCAGCUACGCUAAUGCCGCCACCUGACAACCUACCCAUUUUCGGUCCUGUCAAGAAGUGCUACCCUUACAUCAAGUCCAGCCCUGUCCAGUCCUACCCUUACAACACGUCCAGCCCUGUCCAGUCCUACCCUUACAACCCUGUCCAGUCCUACCCUUACACCAAGUCCAGCCCUGUCCAGUCCUUCCCUUACACCAAGUCCAGCCCUUUCCAGUCCUACCUUUACAGCAGCUCCAGCGCUGCUAACACAACCACUGUCAAAUCAUCUCUACCGUUCCGUUCCGCCCCAUCAGGCGUAAGUUCACCUCCCCCUGUGUCGGCGACUCCGCCAGUGGAGUUCAGUCCAGCUAUGCCGCCGCCCAAGAUCAUGGUUAAUCCGGCUCCUGAAGUAUCGCAACCCGACCGGUCAGAAGAACCGGAGGACAUGGAGCCAGACGUGGCAGCUCCAGGGGUUCCCGAGAGUGAGCAAACCCAUGCGGUGUUUGUUAAACCUCCGCCUGUCUUCAGUAUGGUGGAUGGAGGUCUUAAGUCUGACAAGCCGAAAACUAACCUGGCUGCGGCCAAAGCCCAGGACUUGUUUGGUAUCUUCUACAGUUCUAAAAAUAAGCCAGGACCCAUGUCCUUGGCAAGGCCAAUAACAACAGAUUUAAGUGUCACCCUAAGAAGUCCAACUGUAACUCGACCAGUUACACACCCUUUAAAUUCAUCUCCUGCACUAGAACCUACCUUAGUGCAGAAACCCCAACCUUCAAAUGCAUCUCCUGAGCCAGAAUCUGGUCUAGCGCAGAAAUCCCAACCUUCAGAUGUACCUCCUAAGCCAGAUCCAGUUCUAGCACAAAACCCUCAAUCUUCGAAUGGAUCCCCUGAGCCAGAACCUGGUCUAGCGCAGAAAUCUCAAACUUCAAAUGUACUUUCCAAGCCAGAUCCUGCUCUAGGUCUAGCGCAGAAAUCCCAACUUUCAGAUGUUCCUCCUAAGCCAGAUCCUGUUCUAGCGCGGAGCCCUGAAUCUUCAAAUGGAUCCCCUAAGCCAGAACCUGUUUUGGCGCAGAAACCCCAAUCAUCAAAUGUGUCUCCUGAACCAGAUCCUGGUCUAGCACAGAAUCCACAACCUUCAAAUGCAUCCCCCAGGCAAGAUCAUGGCCUAGUGCAGGACCCCCAGCCUUCAAAUUCAUCUGAGUCAGAUCUUGGACUACUGCAAACCCCUCAACCUUCAAAUGUAUCUCUUGGGUCAGAACCCAGUCUAGCUCUGAAACCCCGUCUUUCAAAUUUAACUCCUGAGUCAGAUCUUGAAUUACUGCAAACCCCUCAACCUUCAAAUCUAUCUCCUGAGCCGGAUGCUGGUCUCACGCUGAACCCCGAACCUUUGAAUGUAUCAUUUGAGCUAGAACCCAGACUAGGGCAGAACCUACAACCUUCAAUCCUAUGUCCUGAGUUGGAUGCUAGUCUCACGCUGAACCCCGAACCUUCAAAUGUAUCUUUUGAGCUAGAACCCGGACUAGGGCAGAACUUAGAACCUUCAAUCCUAUCUCCCGAGCUGGAUAGUGGUCUCACGCUUAACCCCGAACCUUCAAAUGUAUCUUUUGAGCUAGAACUCGGACUAGGGCAGAACCUAGAACCUCCAAUUUUAUUUCCUGAGCCUGAUCCCGUAUUGGCGCAAAACCCCGAACCGGAACCAGAGUUCCAUCUUCAAAUUGAAUCAGUUUGGUCAAUUCAAGGCAGCCCCGAACGGGCACUCGAAGGCGUUCCAGUCAACAGUUUUGUCGCAAGUCCUCGACAGGAGCUUCCUGAAAUCACGCCCACACAGCCGGAGGUCAAAUCGUGCGAACCCGGACCAUGUGAUGAAACGCCCAUCCAGGAAACUCCUCCACCGGCUAAAUCCAGUCCUGGUCCUCGGACCCGAGGUAAAAAUGCUAAAAAGAGACCUCCUCCCGCCUCUCGCCCCGUCCGACAAACCCGAUCGCAAACUAGAUCGCAGACCCGGCUCCAGACGACUCCAGAAGACUCCGGGAAACCCUCGGAGACUCACGAGGAUGCCCACCAAGGUCUCUCGGAAACAAAGCUUUCCGAGUCUCUUGGGGACACAGAGUUGAAGCCCACGGACUCUCUUGGGGAAGUCCAGACGUUUCUCCCAGACACUCUGGGGGACUUCGAGAUGAAGCUUCCGGACUCUUUAGGGUACGAUGACUCAAACGACCGCUCGAGAUCUCCUCAACGUGAUGGGACGACACGAUUAACUGACGAACCGGCGCCCGAUCUGAACCUCGAGUAG